UUCACGUAGAAAAUGCGUUGUGGGAAAAGUCGAGAAAACAUUUUCCACAAUAACAGAGGUAAAAUAUUGGUAGGUAGGAAAAGAAAAAAAUGUUCGGUGUUUGAUCUCUGAUAUUUUUGCACAGAGUAAUGUCUCAGGAGAAAGACCAUUAUCCUUGCGUUUCCACGGCCAGCGGUAAGCAAACAGAAGCGUCAAUAGAAAGUGAGGGUGACGGAAAAGUUUCACGGGAUUUAACUGAUAAGAGAGCGCCAGAGGACACUUCAAAGAGAGAAAACUACGAGGCAAAUACACUGUCACAAUGCAGAAAGUCGAAGGCCAGUGGUGACACAUCAAUGGUGGAUGGAUCAUUUGGUCCGAUACAUAAUACAGUUGAGACUAGCAAGCACAGUUCAGAUCAGGUCAAACCAAUUGAGACAGAGGAAAGAUAUUAUGAUUUUUAUCAGCUACGACGAAGGAAGCAUAUGAAAUAUGAUCGUAAGACUUCCUCUGCAGAUUCUGCAUGUAGUGAUGAUACUUAG